GCAGCGAACGGCCGCGGAGACGACAGCUACUGCUUACGAGAAGACUGCUUCGGAGGAGGAAGAGGAAUUAGGGCAGGCGGGACGCGCAGACAGGACCCUCACCAUGGGUCCUCAGGCCUAGGGCGGCGGAAGCUACCGGCCCGGUGCCAAGCUGGCUGCUACUACAUUUGGAAGCCUCCAUGGCUGAAGACUGGCUGGACUGCCCAGCCCUGGGCCCUGGCUGGAAACGUCGUGAGGUCUAUCGCAAGUCAGGGGUCACAUGUGGACGUUCAGACACCUAUUACCAGAGCCCCACAGGAGACAGGAUCCGAAGCAAAGUUGAGCUGACUCGAUACCUGGGCCCUGCAUGUGACCUCACCCUCUUCGACUUCAAACAAGGCAUCUUGUGCUAUCCAACCCCCAAGGUCCAAUCUGUGGCUGUCCCCAGCAAGAAGCGGAAAAAGCCUGCAAGAUCGGCCAAAACUCGGAAACGUCAGGUUGCACCCCAGAGGACUGAGAUCAGGAAGGAGAGAAAGGAAAGGAAAGAGACCCAAGAGGAUGAGACCAAGGCUGAUACUGACACAAUCCCAGCUUCAUUCCCUGCACCUGGGUGCUGUGAGAACUGUGGAAUCAGCUUCUCAGGGGAUGGUACUGGAAGGCAGCGGCUCAAGACAUUGUGCAAAGACUGCCGAGCACAGAGAAUUGCCUUCAACCGCGAGCAGAGAAUGUUUAAGCGUGUGGGCUGUGGAGAGUGUACAGCCUGUCGGGUAACUGAAGACUGUGGGGCCUGCUCCACCUGCCUCCUGCAGCUACCCCAUGAUGUGGCCUCAGGGCUGUUCUGCAAGUGUGAGAGGAGACGCUGCCUCCGGAUUGUGCAGAGGAGCCGAGGGUGUGGAGUGUGCCGGGGCUGUCAGACCCAAGAGGACUGUGGCCAUUGCCGAGUCUGCCUUCGCCCUCCCCGCCCUGGUCUCAGGCGCCAGUGGAGGUGUGUGCAGCGGCGCUGCCUUCGGGGUAAACGUAGAUGCCACAGGGGAGGCCGUGACUCCAAGAUGGCUGCCCGACGACACUCUCGAGCUCAGCCAGUGCCUAUUCUUCCCACACUGCAGCCUCCAGACCCCCCAGAGCCCAUGGAGCUGCACAACAACUCCCCGGUGCCCUCACCUCCUGCUGAGUUCAUCUAUUACUGUGUAGACGAGGACGAGCUACAGCCCUACACGAACCGCCGGCAGAACCGCAAGUGCGGGGCCUGUGCAGCCUGCCUACGGCGGAUGGACUGUGGCCGCUGCGACUUCUGCUGCGACAAGCCCAAAUUCGGGGGCAGCAACCAGAAGCGCCAGAAGUGUCGUUGGCGCCAAUGCCUGCAGUUUGCCAUGAAGCGGCUGCUGCCCAGUAUUGGGUCAGAGUCCGAGGAGGGGGCAGGAUCACCUCUACUUCACCCUCGUCGAAAGAGACCAGGUUCUGUUCAACGGCCCCACCUGGCCCCCACCCUGAAGCCCCCUUUGGCUACUCGCACAGCCCGACCAGGCCGUGCUCAGCCUCCAAUGAAACAGGAAGCAGGUGCUAGCUUUGUACUGCCCCCUCCUGGCACUGACCUUGUGUUUUUACGGGAGGGUGCCAGCAGUCCUGUGCAGGUGCCUGGCCCUGCUACAGCUUCCACAGAAGCCCCAUUGCAGGAAGCCCAGUGCUCUGGCCUGAGUUGGGUUGUGGCCUUACCUCAGGUAAAGCAAGAGAAAGCAGAUGCCCAGGAAGAGUGGACAUCGGAUAUAGCUGUCCUGACUUCUCCCACAUUGCAACCUGGCUGCCCUAGCAAGGCAAUAGACCUGUGCCUGCCAUCUGUGAAGCAAGAGCCACCUGACCCUGAGGAGGGAAAGGAGGAGAACAAGGAUGGCUGUGUCUCCGAAUCGGCCCCAGAGGAGGAGAUGGCAGGAGGGCCUGGCACGCCCGUGAUCACGGAGAUUUUCAGCCUGGGUGGAACCCGCUUCCGGGACACAGCAGUCUGGUUGCCAAGGUCCAAGGACCUUAAAAAACCUGGAGCUAGAAAGCAGUAGACUGGAGGCUUCUGCAGACUGUAGGACUCAAGUCUGCAGGGCAGGCAGUCGGGAAGGGAAGAUGGAUGUAAAUUGUGGGAGAUGGAGGACACAUUGGAGCCCAUGAGCACAAGCUGGGACCCACACGGAUUGCCUGGAACCUAUGUCAGUCUCUCAUCACCUCCUGCUUCAGUGAUGUGGGUGUCCUGCAGAAGAAGUUGGUGCCUUUCCUCACAGAGUUAAAUGUGCACCUGGCUCAGGAUUAGAGAAACUGAAGGAAGAUCUCAGGGAAGGUGUAGCAGCUGCAGAUCUGGCUGCAAGCCUCAGGGCUGCCCCACACCAAGGAGGUGACCUGCAGAUAAGUGACAGCAUGUGUGAACAGCAACUGCAUUUUGGUGCCCCUGCACCAGCCUUCCAGCUGUAAACUAUGUUACUGCUUCACUUCUGCCCUCCAGUUAUCAGCCAGAAUGCCUCAUGUGGCCAUCCUAACCAGAAGCGUAUGGGGAAGGGAGUUCUGGGAAACAGCCAAGAUGAUGCGUUUAAAGCUAACCUGCUGUGAAUCAGCUCCCAAGGGUCUCACUUCUCAACUGAGGAUAACUUGAUAAAACUACAUUGCUGAAAACACAAAACUCAAGACAAAUUCUAUCAAGCCAGAACAAACUUGCUGGUCUUCAGCUAUUUUUGUCAUUCAUUCAGGUAUUAAGAACCUGGUCCAAAGUAGGCACUGUAUUUAAUACUGGGAGACAGAAAUGAGAAAAUAUAUGGUCCAUGCAGUUUUAUUAAAUGCAUCAAUAUAUAUUACAAGUGGUGAAUGGAUUUCCAAAUUUAUCAUGGAAUUUAAUGCUGAAAAUGUAAAAUUUAAGAAACUAAGGGGAAUUGUUGGGCACAGUAGAAAUUGGAAACAAUUAAGUAACUGUUCUCUAACCGUUCUAUUUUUGAAUUACUUUUAAGGAGAUUUUUAUUGUCCUCUUUAUAGAUUUAUAUGCUUAGUGUUUCUUUGGGGAGUGACUUGAUGGUGAUAGCAGUGAUUGCCUCAAAGAAACUGGGAUAUUGGAUGGCAGGAUCAAAGUCAGUUCUAUCCAAGGACCCCCAAGGUGCAUCAUUUUCUAGGCCUCACAGGGUGGUUGGUGGCUAAAGGCUGAGGCGCUUUUGCUGCUGAUACUCACACUGGGCCCAGCCCUCCAAUCUCCUCAGGGCUAGGGAGCCUGCCAGCAGUCAGUCCCGCCUUAGGGUGAGACUUACCACAAAUGCCUCCCCCUGGACAGGGCCUGGAGGGAAGCAACUACCCCUUUCGAAGAGGUAAAGGACUAAAAUCGAACUGGAGUUAAAUAACCAGGCUCAUCCAGGGUGAGGGUGCUGCAUGAUCAACUCAGGAACCAGCGCUGAGACAUCAGAGGGCAGCCGCCUGUCAGCAUCAAUUGGCUUCCCUGUCUGUCGUCUCCAAGAACUCAUCGGGACCCUCUGGCCUGCACAACCUCGAGGGCACCCAACUGGCAGCCCAAUCUCAGUGGCCUUUCCCAAACCCCGAGAGGAUGGAGGGCACAGCAUUUUCAUUGCCUCACUUCUCUGAGGGUAUAUGGGCUGGGGAGGUUCCCCUCAGACCCACCCCUACAGGCCAGUCAGUGCCUGGGAGACUUAAAGAUCAAGGAUCCGCCCCCCAGGACGUCUUCCAGUGAAUCCAGUAGACUUCCUAAUUUCUUUCUUUUUUGUUUGUUUCAGGCUACGUAAACUCUUAGCAGUAAAUGAAAAUGAGUAUUUUACGGAACUGCAAUUGAAAGAAGAAGCAUUAUAGGAGAAAAAUGAAUUAUUAAAAGAUUAUUAAAAGAGAAGAAAGACAUUAUUUUGUGGCUGAAAAGCUGAACCAGCAAUUCAGGAUAUGGAAUCCAAAUCUAGAAAUGUUCCACAUAGAAAACCGAAGUGGUUGAACUACAAAUGAUUAAGGAAUGCGAAUUUACAGUAUACUGCGGCCUUAAGAAGGUAUACACAGUUUGUACUUUGGUUACUGGUAUACCUUCAUAACUGGCGUAGUUACUGGUUUUUCCCUUCUGUGCUCUGGUGUUCUAUGCUCAACCUCACUUUAGAAUGGGAAUGCCAAAGAGUCAUUCUUAAUUGGCUUUUAUGUAUUAACUACCUUCAUGCUCUUGAGGGGAAAUACAAAUGUGGCUUCUACCUGUGCUGAGGUCUCUGCCAGAUCCAGUUCCCUGAUCUGUGUUGCAGUUCUGCCAGGGAUCCUGAUUCUCAGGAAAUGAUCACCUGGACUUCUGAAUUUGCAUCCUGACCUAGGUCCACUGUGAUCCCUUGAUUCAGACUCUUUUUGGUCUUUAUUUUGCCCAGCCAGGUAAUGCCUCUGCCCCACCAGCUCAUUUGAUCUGCCCCCCCUUCCUAAGAAAAUCCUAAGUCUAAACCCUGGUUUCUGCCCAGUGCAGUAGGAAAAUUUUAUUAACAGAUUAUUAUUACUGGUUGGGUAGUUUGAUAAAGCACUUUGGCUCCCUGAGCCUUAAUCCACUACGCUCUAAAUGAGGAUAAUAUCUGCUGUUCUGUCAACUCUGUAAGAUAUUUGUCAAGCUCCAAGGUUGUAUCUGUAAAAAUACCUUGCAAAUUGUAAAAACAACAACAAAAAAAAAACUACACAAAUA